AUAUAAGAAUACCAUUUUAGUCUAAAAUGUAUUAAAAGAAAAGAAAAUUACAUGAUUUUUUUUUUUUUAACCUAUAAUCUGCAUCAACGGUUGUUGUAGAAAAAGAGCCACAUGAUUCAUUUAGUAUCCAUUAAAAUAAAAUAGAUUCGUAUUAUCGUACUGUAAUGUACACGGACUGGUCAGUUGUUAAAAAAGCAAACAUUUUGACCCCCCAAAAAUGUUUCUCAGUGUAUUAUAAUAUACUUCCUGUUACUUUCAAAGAAUUAUUGGUGUUGCAAAACUGUGCUGUGCAUAAAGGAGCCUGUAGGCAGGUUUCUUUACAGGAGAUAGUCCUUUAGGUUUCUUUAGGAGAUAGUCAUGCGACUGGACCUGGCAGCUCCUCGAUCGCUGUUCCAUACUUUGAGUAUAAUUCACAUAGGUUCAUAUUUUAAACAUUUUUUAAAUGUUUGCAGCAGCAAAAUUAUUGUUUGUGAAAUAUUUUUUGUUUUCUAAAUAUUUUUGUAACUUAUUUUUGUUGUUCAGGUUUCUAAUUGAAAAAGUUAUGUCAUGACCGGACAUGGUAGCUUAGUGGUUAGCACCUCUAGGGCUGGGGGUUCCAUUCCCGCCUCUGCCCUCCGUGCUUCGGGGGUUUCCUCCGUGUACUCCGGAUUCCUCCCCCAGUCCAAAGACAUGCGCUGUAGGGUGAUUGGCAUCUCUAAAUUGUCUGUAUUGUGUGAAUGGGUGUGCGUGAUUGUGCCCUGCGAUGGAUUGGCACCCCGUCCAGGAUGUCCCCCACCUUGGGCCCCGAGUUCCCUGGGAUAAGCUCCAGGCUCCCCGUGACCCUGUGUAGGAUAAACGGUAUGGAAAAUGCAUGGAUGGAUGUCAUGACCAUAUUUGAUUAAAGUCUCAUACUCUAUGCAACUCAUUUACAUUUAAUAAAAGUUUCUUUUAUGAUGAUUUAUAUUUGGAUUCGAUACAUUCCAUUGUUACAUGCACUAAAAAUAUAGAAUGGCCAUUAGUAUCAAAAGUAUGUAGUACUGAACAAAACAACCUGUUCAGACAGUGAAUUAGUCCUAUAUGCAGCUUAAAAACAUCAAUAAUUUCCAUUUACUUAACCUAAAAAUAUAAUAAAAUGGACAUGUGGAACAUAAGCCAGUUUCCUCAUCCACAUUAUUCCAUUUUUAUUAAAAGUAGGUCCAUGCUUAAGGAUAUUCAUAAAUUUCCAUAAAGUUUUAUGAAGGAAAAAUAUUAGCUGAGAAUUUGAUCAUUGGAAAGUCUCUCUGUACCCACACUUAUCUCGCAUUGCUCCCCCACAAUCCUGUUUAUGCCUGGUAAAAUGAUGCGGUUGCUAGGCAACCGACACAGGCUGUAGGACCGUGAAACCUGAGCGCUGCUCUCUGAUUGGCUAGAUUUCUCAAUCUGACAUAAGACUGGCUAAGCUUGAGUCAGUCAGGACCUUUGUUUCUCAGUGUAGGGGGAGGAGUCUAUGCAGCAGAACAUACACACCGAUUUCCACUCCCUCUCUCUUUCCCUCUCUCUCUCUCUCACACACACACGCACACGUCAAUACGCCUACACCGAGGUCUGCUUCACAUCAGCACUUGAGCAGCAGCUGAUUAUCCUGGCUGGAGCGUUGGCUUCGUCUGCCAUUCCUCUCUUCACCGGCAAGUGUGUGUGUCUCCUGUAGGUGAGCUGAUACAGGAGAGCGUCUGUGUGGGUGUGUGCGUGACACACUCUUUUUUUUUUUUUUUUUUGCUUGGGAUUCCUCCUGCCCCAUAAGGCUUUGCAGCAAGUAGAUGUGCUGAUGUAGGAAGAAUGGAUGCACCACUGCUCACACACGUACGCACACACUCAGAGCUCAGCCAUGGGGGCGAAUGAAGAAACCAACAUCCACAAAUCUGAGGAUCGAAGAUACAACAAUGUGACUGAGGGAUUGGUUCAGAUGUAGCUGCUGUAACACCGUCCAAUAAUGCUGAGCCCUGUUCUCCGAUCUGAGCUCUCGGCCUUGGAGCCGGAGUACACAGAUGCUGAUGUCAUCUCUACGGUGGAGUUCAGCCAAUCAGGAGAGUUCCUGGCCACAGGGGACAAGGGUGGGAGAGUGGUCAUCUUUCAAAGAGAACCUCAGGGGGAAUAUAAUGUGUACAGCACAUUUCAGAGCCACGAGCCCGAGUUCGACUGCCUGAAGAGCUUAGAGAUAGAGGAGAAAAUCAAUAAGAUCCGCUGGUUACCUCAGAUCAAUUCCACCCACUUCCUCCUGACCACCAACGAUAAGACCAUUAAGCUGUGGAAGGUAAGCGAGAGAGACAAGAGGCCUGAAGGUUACAACCUGAAAGACGAGGAGGGCCGGAUGAAGGACAUUUCCAGAAUCACAUCUCUUCAGGUCCCUGUGUUGCGGCCGAUGGAUUUGCUGGUGGAAGCGUCUCCGCGGCGUGUGUUUUCUAAUGCUCAUGCCUAUCACAUCAACUCUAUCAGCAUUAACAGUGACUGUGAGACUUACCUGUCAGCUGAUGACCUGAGGAUCAACCUGUGGAAUCUCAAUAUCACAGAUCGCAGCUUCAAUAUUGUUGACCUGAAGCCAGAAAACAUGGAGGACCUGAGUGAGGUGAUCACAGUGGCUGAGUUUCACCCUCAUCACUGCCACUUACUGGCCUUCAGUAGCAGUGCAGGCGCUACACGCCUGUGUGAUAUGAGAUCUCGCGCAUUGUGUGACCGACCUGCUAAACUAUUUGAGGAGUCAGUGGACCCAGCCCAUCGAUCCUUCUUCUCUGAGAUCACUUCCUCUGUGUCGGAUGUAAAGUUCAGUCACAGCGGACGCUACCUGCUCACCCGAGACUACCUCACUGCUAAAGUCUGGGACAUCAACAUGGAGAACAAACCAGUGGAGAUAUAUCAGGUCCAGGAUUAUUUGCGCUCGAAGCUAUGCGCGCUUUACGAGAGCGACUGCAUCUUUGAUAAGUUUGAAUGCGCCUGGAACGGAACUGACAGUGUCAUCAUGACGGGGGCGUACAAUAAUUUCUUUCGGAUGUUUGACCGAGCGAGUCGGCGUGAUGUGACUUUGGAGGCGAGCCGGGAGGUGUGUAAGCGGCGCGCUGUGCUCCGGCCUCGCCGCGUGUGUGUGGGGAAGAAGAGGAGGGAGAAUGAUAUCAGUGUGGACAGCCUGGACUUCAGGAAGAAGAUCCUGCACACGGCGUGGCAUCCCACGGACAACAUCAUCGCCAUCGCUGCCAGCAACAACCUGUACAUCUUUCAGGAUAGACACGGCCCCGGACACCACGGGGGCCAUCAAUUAGAACAAGACAAACCUCUGCAGUUACAGGAUACAACUCGUCAGUGAAACGAUCAACAGGACAUGCGUACCAUUUGAAAUUUUUGUUUUUAAUACUUAGAGCACGUUUUCAGUAUAAACGCAGACGCCUAAUAAUAAUUUAAUGCUGGAUAUUAUAACCACGAUUAUGAUUGGGAUUGUAUUUCAGCACUAAUGCAUGAAAUGUAACACAAGGAGACUUCCUGAACCAGGAAAUAUAUUUGCCUGUCAGUGUCUAAAUCACUACUGCAUGUUUACACUAUUAUCCUUAAUUAAUCGGCUUCGUUAACUGACAAACGUUAUAACGGCAAAUGACGAAUACAAACAAAUCGUACCCUUUAUUUAUUGAAUUUAUGAACUGCAUCCACCGUCUGGUGGCUCUUCUCAGGUUUCAUGUUUCUUGACCGGAGACAGUAGACGUCGACGUCCUCUUCUUCAUAUCAGAUAUCGAAACUGAAGCAGUUACAUCAUCAAUCAAUCAAUCAAUGUCUGAAUGAGGAGCAACGUUUCUAAGGAACAUCACGAACACUGGAUUUUCAAGGACUAUUUUUUUUUUUUUAGCAUGCUAAAUCAUUGUGCUGCUGGUUUUGAUGUCACGGAAGGUGUCAGUAACAGGGUAGGGGAGAGUGGGGUGAGCUGUUACAGCGGUUUCAACUGAACCCACUCUCCCGUAUCAGACACAAAGUGUUACCGUGGAAUCCACUGUUGGCUAAUAAUGAGAUUAAAGAAACAGUAAAGCUCAUUUUACACCAGCCGUGGUAAGCACUGCAGUAGUAAUGCAUGUUUAUACAGAUAUUCGCAUAUUAUAUGUACUAAAGCAGUGCAAACCGAAAUAAAUGCUCCUCUCUAUGUUGAAUUGAAGCACACAGUCCGUGCUUGAUUUCAAAUUAAAAGUGCUGCGGUGCUUCUGGUGUAAAAUGAGCUUCAUUUCAGUAUACAUCAGCGCCUCGAAUCACGCCAUGUCAUGUUUAAGAAAUUCAGUGUUAUCAUCCUGAAAGCCAUGUCAUUAAAUUUGGACUUUUAUUUCAUUUAAAAUAAUUCAUACAAAUGCAUACAGUCACAAACAUUUUGUUGUUGCUGGGGGUUUUUUUUUUUUGUUUUUUUUAAUUCUGUUUAACAAAAAAAUAAUGAUAUCUCAUAGUAUAUAUAUAGUAUGUAUAUUGCUAGCCUACCACUUUAACCAGGAAGGAAACUAUGUAGGCAAUGGAGCUCUGCAACUACCCCAGCAGCUCGGAGCUGCCUCGUAAAACACGGUACGGUCAAGUCACACAGAAACAGGCAAACAUGACGCCAGCUUUUCACAAGACAAACUGGGUUUUUUUUUUCUUUUCCGUCAAAACAGGACAGAUUUUUUUUUUUUUUUUUUUACCUUUAACACGUAAGGUAGUACAUGCUAAGUUAACAAACAGAAAAUUUAAAAAAUAAAAAUAAACAAACACUGAAUAUACUUUUUGAAAGUACUGUCCUAAGUUAGACUACAAAAGACACAUAGAUACAGAAAAAAAAAAAAUAAUAAUAAAAAAUAAAAACGAUGCAUUAUGUGGUUUAAUUCCAAAGGGAGGGCGGGAGGGAAGGGGGGAAAAUAAUCUUCCUGAGAGGGUGUGCAAAACAGGCCUCUUUCGGGGCUAUGUUUAAAAUCAUACCAAAAAAAAAAUAAUAA